GCUAUGGCGGACGCGCUGAAGAAAAGUGGAGACGCUGCAGCUCCAAACCAGAGCAGACAAAUGUCUACUUUUAGAGACUGUGUGGCCGAGAUGUUGGGAGAAUUAGCGGAAUUUGGGAAAGAGCUCAAAUUUGGAGACGCUGCUUUGAAAAUCCAUGUCCAGUUGGAUUCUGUGGACCUUCACUCCUCUUCAGCUGCUCAUGUUUACAGCUGUUUACAACAGCACAUCUCAAAACUGCAGGCUGUUUCGAAAAGCCUGAAGUCAGUGCUGGACUCCAACACGAGCAGCUCAUCGACGGCAGACAAAGCAUCUGAAGACGGCAUUACAUCACUCCCACUUAAACCGCAGAUUUCCUUUCCCUCGGAUCCUCCCCUCUCCGUCGCCGUGGAGAGCCAAAGCGAUGAUGUCAUGGUCCAGAUCCGUGCCGGGAAGUCGGAGAUCGAGCGGAGAAUAUCUGCAUUUAUGGAGCGCAAGCAGAUGGAGAUCAAUGAAAACAAUGUACGAGAGUUUUGCAACGUGAUCGACUGCAAUCAGGAAAACAGCUGCGCCAGAACCGAUGCUGUGUUCACGCCGUAUCCCGGCUUUAAAAGCCACGUCAAAGUGACUCGUGUGGUGAACACUUACGGCCCCCAGACUCUAAUGGGGUCGAAUCCCUCAGACCUACAGCAAGCACAGGGCUCGGCUCUACCUCAGGACUGUGGAAACUCUGCCAUAGAAGAACGACUCCAAAACAUCGAGGAGCAUCUCAAACUGCCUUCAGCCGGACCUGUUCCUCUCAGUGUUUACCACAGGAUAAAGAAAGUGGAGGACCGCAUUCUGGAGCUGGAGGGGCUGUCUCCUGAGUACUUCCAGUCCACGACUCACCUGCACAAACGACCCAAGAUCACACAGCCACAGUCCUGCAGCCUGACGGAGCUGGAUGAGAAAAUCAGUGUGGUGAAGGCGGCGCUGCUGAAGAAAGUGAGCGACUUUGGGGCUGGAUACGGCUCGGACUGUGCUCUGUGAGAAACUGAAAUUAAUCCAAAUGUGUUGUAGAGGGAGAACAAGAUGGCU